ACUCAUUAACGGACUAUAAGAUCCAGCUGCCCUUGCCGAAACGUAAACUGGGCCGAAAGGAGAGCUUCGAUCAUUUAGACGUUUGCUUCACGCGCAGCAAUCGCGGCAACAACUUGCUGACCAUCAAUGGGAAGCCCUUCACUCUGAACCGCAGGAUCAAGGACGCCUGCUAUUGGGAGUGCGUGAAGCUGCGCUGCAAAUACAUCAAGUGCACGGCUAGAGUAGUGACCAAAUCCAAUCAGAUAUCCGCUCUGCGUGGGCAGCACAAUCACCCAUAGAAAGCAAGACACAAAUAAAUCUGAUUUUUGUUCAAAUUUAAAAGAAAUGAACUUCAAUUCUUUAUGGUCGGAGGCACAUUCUAUGUCAACCCAAAGCUAACUAUUUCCGGUCUUUGCAGGUGAUCCUCGGCUGGCACGCUGCAGCAGCAGCAGCAGCAGCGGCAGUGGCUAUCGCCUUGUGGCCAAUCGUCGAGGAGGCCAGAAUCUCCUGUACAAUGGAUAUAUGUACACCGUGGAACGCAAGUAUCUGACGACCAUCAACUGGGUCUGCGCGAAAAAUGGCAACGUGAAGCUGCGCUGCCCGGCGCGGUGCGUGACCAACUCGAAUCGCAGCAUCAAGCUGAGUCACCGCAAACACAAUCAUCCCAGCAAUCUUUACCAAAUGCACAAGUCUCGAACUAGGCCGUAAUAAACAGCAGCUCUGUACAUACAUAA